UACUUAAGGGAGCCCGCACGAUGAAGUGCGUAUUCGUUACUGUAGGGACCACCCGCUUCGACGAUCUCAUUACGUGUGUGUCAGCGCCUGACAGUCUGCAAAUAAUAAAGAGUCUUGGUUACAACCGACUUAUCCUCCAAAUUGGUAGAGGAACCGUGGUACCUGAACCAUUUAGUACUGAGUCAUUUACUCUGGAUGUUUACAGGUACAAGGAUUCCUUGAAAGAAGACCUUCAGAAAGCAGAUCUUGUUAUUAGUCACGCAGGUGCAGGAAGCUGUUUGGAGACUCUGGAAAAAGGAAAGCCACUUGUGGUAGUUAUAAAUGAAAAGUUAAUGAACAACCAUCAGCUGGAAUUGGCAAAGCAGCUACACAAAGAGGGGCAUCUCUUCUACUGUACCUGCAGGGUCCCGACUUGUCCUGGGCAAGCCAGCCUUUUGUCUUCUGCUCCUGGGAAGUGCCAAGAUUCUGCAGUGCUGACUCCAACUGCCUUCUCAUGCAUAGACUUUGAGCUGCUUUCUGGAUACCUGCAUAAGCAAGCGCUUGUCACUGCUAACCAUCCUACCUGCGGUUUUUUCUUCUUGCCACACUUCUGUUCCUUCCCCCCACCCCUUCCAUGCACAAUGCAUAAAGGAUGGAGAAAGUACUGCCGUCAGAAGUCUCUGAAUGAGGCAUCAAUGGAUGAAUAUUUAGGCAGCCUAGGGCUGUUUCGAAAGCUGACUGCCAAGGAUGCCUCUUGCCUUUUUCGGGCUAUUUCGGAGCAGUUGUUUUGCAGCCAGGUCCAUCAUUUGGAAAUCAGGAAGGCUUGUGUCUCUUAUAUGAGGGAACAUCAACAAACUUUUGAAUCUUAUGUGGAGGGAUCUUUUGAGAAAUACCUGGAACGGUUGGGAGAUCCCAAGGAAAGUGCUGGCCAGCUGGAAAUAAGAGCUCUUUCUCUAAUUUAUAAUCGGGAUUUCAUUCUUUAUCGCUAUCCUGGAAAGCCUCCAAUUUAUAUCACAGAUAAUGGCUAUGAAGACAAGAUUCUACUCUGCUCUUCAAGUAAUGGUCAUUAUGAUUCUGUAUACUCAAAACAAUUUCAGUCAAGUGCAGCUGUUUGUCAGGCUGUAUUGUAUGAAAUUCUCUAUAAAGAUGUGUUUGUUGUCGAUGAAGAGGAGUUGAAAACUGCUGUUGAAUUGUUUCGAAUUGGUUCCAAGAAGAACAGAAACAGUGCUGUGACUGGAAGUGAGGAUGCCCAUAUUGAUUACAAGAGUUCAACUCAGGAUAGCACCGAAGAGUGGGGUACCUGCUACAGUGUUGAAAAUAUCCCAGAGGGCCACAGUCAAGGAACAGAAGAAGCAAAGUCUCCAGAAAAUCCAUCAAAGAUGCCCUUCCCCUAUAAGGUGCUCAAAGCCCUGGAUCCAGAAAUCUAUCGUAAUGUAGAAUUUGACGUUUGGUUGGACAGCAGAAAAGAACUUCAAAAAUCUGAUUACAUGGAAUAUGCUGGGCGACAUUACUAUUUGGGAGACAAGUGUCAGGUUCGCUUGGAAUCAGGUGGAAAAUAUUAUAAUGCUCAUAUUCAGGAAGUUGGAAAUGAGAACAAUUCAGUAACAGUCUUUAUUGAAGAAUUGGCAGAAAAGCAUGUUGUUCCACUGGCUGACUUAAAACCAGUUACCCAAGUGACAUCUGUUCCUUCCUGGAAUACUGUGCCAAGUCGGAAAGGAAGAGGUUACCAGAAAAUGCUUGGGGGCUGUGUCCCAGAAAUGGCUAUGUCAGAGAUGGAUAUGAAGCAACGGAAGAAGAUGUUCAAGAAAGUUCGAGGGAAAGAGAUUUAUAUGACUGUGGCUUACAGCAGGGGAGACUCCCUCCUCCAACCCAGGUUUCAGCACAGUAUGCAUUAUGGGCAAGACCUUCAAGUGCAGUACUCACAGACAGCUGGCAAUGUUAUGUCUAACGAACACUUUCAUCCUCAACGUUCAUCUCAGAGACAAGGUCGGGGAUGUGGGUUGCCCAGGCACAACAUGGUGGGCCCUAAAGUUGGAUUUUACCCUGCCCCAGGGAAAAGGUGCUGCCACAGCUAUGAUAACUUCUCCUAUAGAUCCCGUUCCUUUAGACGUAGUCACCGCCAGAUGCACUGUACGAAUAAGGAGUGCCAGUAUGGCUUUGCUCCAGAGAGUGGACAGAUGCCCAGGGGCCUGGAAGAAACUAUUACUUUUUAUGAAGUUGAAGAAGGAGAUGAGACUGCUUAUCCAACCUUACCUAAUCAUGGAGGUCCCUCUAUGAUGGUUCCUGCUACUUCGGGAUAUUGUGUUAUAAGGCGGGGACAUAGCUCAGGCAAACAGACUUUGAAUUCAGAGGAGGACAGUGGCCAGAGUGAUAAUGGGGGAUAUCAUGAAGAAUAUCUUUAUCCUUCAGAGCCAGACUAUGAAACUUCAGGUGUUUAUAGCACAACUGCAUCUACAGCAAACUUGGUAAUGGGAAAUUCUGCAGCAAUUGCAGCUUCCUGUGCUAAUAAUGUUCCAGUUCCAGUCUUAUCCAACUGUGCUGCAGCAGCUAAUCAAGCUAGUAGUACCACUUCAGUUUCCUCACCGAAUGCCAUACAGCCUCUAUUUGUAUCUCCACCUACAGGAGAAAAGCCGGUGAUUGCCUCACCAUUCUAUCCAUACCACUCUGCUAUUCCUGCUGCUGCUUCCGCCGCCGCCGCCGCCGCCGCCGCCGCCAACUUUCUACCACCACCACCACCACCUCCUCCACCACCACUACCUCCUCCUCUUGAGGUGGGAGAGGCUUCAAAUUUACCACCACCACCACCACCACCACCACCUCCACCGCCACCACCUCCACCGCCACCACCUCCACCACCACCACCACCACCUCCACCUCCACCUCCACCACCUCCACCACCUCCACCACCUCCUCCUCCACCUUAUUCCUGUGAUCCAAGUGGCAGCGAUCUGCCUCAAGAUACAAAAGUUUUGCAAUACUAUUUCAAUCUGGGAUUGCAGUGCUAUCACCACAGCUACUGGCACUCCAUGGUCUGUGUGCCACAGAUACAGCAGCAGCUUCACGUAGAGAAUUAUCCAAUCUAUACUGAGCCACCUCCUCUGGUAGACCAAACUGUUCCUCACUUGUACAGUGAGGUUGGGAGAGCAGAUGGCACACAGGCAGAAGCAUCAGCAAAUGGUACUUUUCCGAAUGCUGACUCUGCAUCUGUCUCUCAUGGAGCAGUCUAUUAUCAAGUAAUGUCAGAACCCUAUGGGCAGCCACCUUUGCCGGGUUUUGAUUCUUGCCUUCCUGUUGUGCCAGAUUAUCCCUAUGUUGCCCCCUGGUAUCCAGUUGGUGCAGCAUAUGGUGGUUCUUCUCACAUUCAUGGUGCUAUAAAUCCCAGGCCAGUUGGCUAUAUUGCUUCACCUCCCUCAGCUUCUCAUUAUGUACCUCAGAAUAUGUAAGAUUAAGCAGUAUGAAGUAUUCCUGCA